CACUCCCCACUCAUUCUUGCCACUUUUACGUUUCUUGAAAACUUACCGCGAAGAGCUUUGAACAAAAGAUAUGGAGAGAGAAAGCUUCGGAGAAGAUGGAUUGCCCACAAGAGCUCCGCUUCUCAAAGAAGUCUCUGCCAAUGGCAGCCAUGGCAGCUCCAUCAUGUCUCCAAGUGAUUGUGCAGUCACGCCACUUCUCGUGUUUAGCACUCUCGUCGCCGUUAGCGGUUCUUUCGUCUUUGGGUGUACUACCGGUUAUUCUUCACCAGCUGAGUCAGGCAUAAUGGAGGAUUUGGGCCUCUCCACGGCAGCGUAUUCGCUUUUCGGUUCAAUAGUAACAGUUGGAGGCCUAAUAGCAGCUUUAGUAAAUGGGAGGGUAACAGAUUGGAUUGGUCGUAGAGGAGCAAUGUGGCUUUCUCAAAUAUUUGGCGCUGCGGGAUGGCUUACUAUAGCAUUAGCCAAGAAUGCUUGGUGGCUGGAUAUUGGAAGACUGUUAAAUGGGCUUGGCAUUGGGAUUAUAUGUUAUGUGGUACCCGUGUACAUUGCAGAGAUAACACCUAGAAGUUUCCGGGGAGCAUUCACGGCAUUCAAUCAGUUCAUGAUAUGCUGUGGCUUUUCGUUGAUUUACUUUCUUGGAACCAUCGUCUCCUGGCGCAUCUUGGCUGUGAUAAGUGGCAUUCCCUGUAUCAUACAAAUUGUGGGUUUGUUCUUUGUUCCGGAAUCUCCUAGAUGGCUAGUAAAAGUCCACCGAGAGAAGGAGUUUGAAGUUACAUUACAGAGACUCAGAGGCAAAAGAGUCAAUAUUACUCAGGAAGCAAGCGAUAUCAGAGACUACACAGAGACCUUCGAGCAGCAGUCUCAGUCUAGAAUUCUUGAUCUGUUCCAAAGACGAUAUGCUCAUCCACUUAUAACAGCAGUUGGGCUGAAGAUGCUUCAACAAUUUUGUGGGACUGGUGCACUUGCCUACUACGCAGGCUCCAUAUUUGAAUCAGCUGGCUUCUCAAGUAGCAUUGGUACCAGAAGCGUGGCCAUUGUCCAGAUCCCAGUGACUGCUCUUAGUGUAAUCUUGACCGAUAAAGCCGGAAGACGACCACUUCUAAUGAUUUCUUCAGCUGGAAUGUCCUUAAGUUGCAUUCUUCUAGGAUUGUCAUUCCUCAUGCAGGACCUUAAUCAUUGGAAAGCAGCGACCCCAAUUUUGGUGUAUUUAGCAAUAAUUGGGUAUGCCAUGGCUUACUCACUUGGCAUGGGGGGAUUACCGUGGGUUAUCAUGUCAGAGAUACUCCCUGUGAACAUUAAAGGGUCGGCCGGGAGCCUGGUGACAUUUGCCUAUUGGUCCUGUUCUUGGAUUGUGACUUACACUUUCAACUUCAUGUUCGAAUGGAGCGCACCCGGGACAUUUUUCAUAUUUGCUAGCAUGUGCGGUCUCGCCAUCAUAUUCACCAUGAAGGUAGUGCCGGAGACCAAGGGGCGAGCAUUGGAAGAACUUCAAGCAUCGCUUGCCCGCGUUGUUCAAUGAUUAAGAUCUGCAGUCUGUUGAAAUUUGAAUUGGUAUGAGGCCAGGGACUUCCGUGCAGUGCAAGCCUCUCCCUGUAUCAGCAUGAGUUGCAUGCAAUAGACAAUUGAUGAGACUUAUAUCGCCAGCCUCUGAAGAAACAGAGACAAAGGAUGAGAAAGUCAGAUGUUG